AUGUCGGAGAACCCGUCGAGGAAAUCAACAAAAUCCUGGGACUCCCGUUUCCUGCGUGAGUACAGCAGAGCCUCUGAGUUCUUCCUGCAGGGUUACGAAGUUUCCUGUGAGCUGGGAGACGUGGCUCUGCUGCAGAAAGCUCAGAUCACUCGUCAGCAGCUGAAACAGGAAGGCUCUGAUUUGCUGGAUUUCUUCUGUGAAGACAGAGAAACGUUCCGAUUGGACGACUGCUUCAACAUCUUCAACUCCUUCUGCUGCCGCUUCACUCAGGCUGCCAAGUUACACAUUUCUAAGAUAAUAAACCUUAUCCUGAAUGUCGGCGUCUUCAGGAUCUGGAAGAGCAGAAGAGACACUCCUGGGCCGGGGGGGAGGAGAGCGUUCGGGUUGCGCUGCAGCAGCGAGACGGACAUGUCCUCCGCCGUGUCGCGCCACGACGACGCCGGGCUGCUAUUGGACCUCCUGACCCUGAGGUCCCGCCCCCGCUCGCCCCUCAACAACUCCCACAAUGCUUUGGGGCGUUCGGGAAGCUUACGACGCUCCAGAAACUCUCCGUCCAGUUCGCCUUUUCUCACUGCAGACCGCGAGCUUAGCACGUUACUCGGGAUGAACAAUGAACGCAAAGAGGCAGCUUUUCCAUCAGUUUUCCCCGAAAUUAGAAGUCCAGGACCCUUCCCCCAAAACCAGCAGCCUCAAGCGGGGAAACCGCAAACCGCCUCCUCGCCUCCGAAAAGUGCACAAAACGCCAACCAUACAACCGCCAAUUACCUCAGCUUUAAUGCUACCCAGACUCGGGUAAACAAAGUCGAAUCUACCUCCGAUCCGAACCAGCAAUCCGACCACAACAACAACAACGGCAAACAUCGACAAGAACUUGGGGCGCAUUCGGACUUUCGUGGUGGUUUUGAAGGGGAACUUGCAAAGAACGAACUGGAUUUUCCUGAUCGCAGUGACGAGAAGUUUGAACAGUCUUUGGCAAACAUGUCUGUUGUUUUAGAGAAAUGCAAAUUGGUGCCUGAACUGAGAGUGUUUGACACGGGUACCCAAAACACCACGAGUGGCGUCCAGGAUGAUGUGUUCCCAGACCAGAAGAACUCCCAGAAACUGGAAAAUUCUUCGUUACAAAGAGAGGAAGAGGAGGGUCGAGAGGAUACGGUGGUGGUUUGGUGCGUGACGGGUGUUUGUGAGGCGGCCGAUGAACCAACCAACGCUGAAAACGCACAAACGGAUCAAUCUAGAAGCGACAAACAACCUUCUUCUUACCCAGCCAAUCGAACGCCUUCUGAAGCUCAGUCGGCCAAUGAGAAGCCAGUGCCUGAACCCAUCAGCAGCCAACCGGUGCCUGCCUCACAUCCGGCCUCUUCCCCUAGGUGGCGCCCAACAGAUAGCGCCACCAAUAAAGUGCCUGCUAUCGAAGAAGUAGCCAACGAGAAGAGAAAAGUGGAGUCAAAGGCAAAGUCAGGAAAGGCAGAAUCGGGAAAUUAUUCAUCCAAUAAGAACCUCCCUACCUCUAAAACUCGACCAAUUGGGAUCAAACAAACCACAAACUCCAACAAAUCUAAUCCGGUUCGAACCCUCACGAACUCCGAGAACUUCAGCAUGAGACGAGUUGUGCCGAUCUCAAGGACCAAGCGCCAAGAGAAACCGUCCAGUUUGACCAAUCUCAAAAGCUCUUCUUUCUGGAAACCAUUGACCGCGCCUUCUUCCCGUCGGACGAGCGUUGAUCAAAAAGACCAGAAAGACCAGAAGGUUUCUCGAGAUCUUCAGAACCAGGACUUGCAAAGGAAACCGUCCAAUUUGACCAACAUAAAAAGCUCUUCUUUCCGGAAACCAUCGACCGCGCCUUCAUCCCGCCGAACGAGCGUUGACCACAAAGACCACAAAGUUUCCAGAGACCCCCAGAACCAGAACUUGCAAAUAAAGCAACCGUCCAUCCGAAAACCAUUGGCUAAACCCAAAGCACCUCCAGAAGAAAAGAUGUGUCGCUCAACUCUUCGAGCGCUUUCUCAAGCAAGUGGUAGCAUCAGUGCUCCGGUUACUCCUUUGCACAAACCCGCUACUUCUUCUUCUACUUCUUCGUCGCCGUUUCCAGGAUUUACUCGAAACACCGCCUCCUCUUCCUUCAGACAAACACCGUCUCCAUCGCCUUUCUCUAGAACUGGAUCUUUAAGAGUUUCCGUCACUUCUGGAUCCUCAGAUUCCCUCAAACCGUCCUCCUCUUCGUCCCCUUUAAAGAGGUUUCAGAGCAUCAGAGCGCCAAUUCGCGACUCGGUAUCGCCCCCUAAAGGCCAUCGGAGGAAUGACAGCGGCACUUUCUCCGAGAAGUCGACGUACUCAAGAGACUCGGGAAAAUCCAGCAAACCGACCUGGAGAUAACAUAUGCUAAUAAUAGGAGUCAGAAGUGGCUACGUUCACAUGCACAAUAAUAUUUCAAAAUUCAAAAAACGACAAUAUUCAGAAUUGGAUACGAUGAAGGUGAAUAGGGUAAAAAUGUAACUUUUAGAUAUCAGCAUGAAACUUCCCUGGUUGGUUACUUACAUUAAGGAUAUCAUUUUUUGUAUUACAAGUUUUCUGAAAUUUGAUAUUUGAAUAUGCAAAUGAGGCAUUCACUCGUAAAAUAUGGGCUUAUUUCAUACAUUCCCAGAACAGAAAUGUGAGCAUCGGAUAAAGUGGGGUUCAAAUUUCCUGUUUCAUUUUGUCGACAUAUUAGAGUCAAUGGAUUUAACCGAGGGAGUCUCUUUGUAUCACUAAACAAUUUGAAAACCCUGCAGUAAAAGUGCAUUUUCUGCAUGUUUUUAGUGAUAAAGUGUGUGUGAAUGGUGUGUAAACGAUGGCCUCUUUAAAAAAAAAUCAGAAAACAGAGAGGAGAACAUCUCUUUUGGAGAAAGGAAAUUGGAGGUAAAGAAAUGUGAGCAAAGUCUGAGAGAGAAAAAGUCUUAAAAA